UCCGCAAUUGUGCAGCAGCAAACAUCGUCCGUGCUGUCAACGGUCGGCCCGCCGCUGUUCAUCUAGAUACGUGGGAACAUGGCUGGAUGAACAGCUAAAAUCUUGCCGAUGAGUGAGACAGUUGCGGCUAAUUCAGAAGACAUGGAUCGACAGAUUGUACAGGCAGUAUGUGGUGAAGACACACUGUCUUCGGCCUUGGUGGGAAUGUCGGACUUGUCCGAUGAGAUCCUGCUGUGUAUCCUCCACCAUGUUCCAGCGAGUGACCUGCUGCUGAAUGUGUCGAACGUCUGCCACAAGCUACAGACACUGUGCCGUGACAAGACCCUGCUCACACAUGUCAGCCUGUCUGAGGAGUACCUGGCUGAUGAUCUUUUGGUUCAGCGCUUACUGAAACAGUUAGCCAAUCACGUGCAGUCUCUGAGCCUGAAUGGUUGCUACUGGCUGUCUGGUUCCACCUUGGACUAUGUUGCUCGCUGCACAGCGGUGACACACCUUGACAUCACAGGUUGUCGCCUCACUUCUCUUCGUCUGUCCCGCCUCCUCUCCUCCCUUUGUUUCCUCACAUCACUUGCUUUUGAUGUGACCGCGGGCUUCAACUCUGCUCAGCUCAGUUCGGAGGCGGUGGGUACACUGAGCCGCUUGUCGGAGCUCAGACAGACACUGUUGACACCCAGUUAUGGUGUGGUGCCAUGCUGUGCCCAACUCCGCAAGCUGAUGCUACAGUUUGACAUCUCAGAUGUGACCAGGGAGGGUGUUGGUGUUUGUUGUCAGUUAAUGGUGGGUCAAAGCAGUGUGCCACAUUACCAGCAGCUGGAGGAGUUCACUGCAAGGCUGGCUCCAGGAGAGGUAAACCAGACCUUGCUUCUUCUCUACCUGGCAGUUUUCAGCGUUCAUGUUCCAAAGCGUCUCCGAGUUUUCCUUGUUUCAAUUCCUGGCCCAAACCCUGCUCACUGGCCUGCUGGCCCCUCACUGGCCCAGAGCUUGGGUCAGCAUGGCGACCUGGAAGCCCUGCAACUCCCUCGGUCCUGGCUGGAUCCCUUGUCUCUUAAGAGAGCUUUGGAAGGCAACAGUCCAAAGCACCUGAGCUUCAGCCGCUGCCCAGCCUUGUGGCCACAGGUGUUUCAGUCGCUGCUGGAGGGAGGCGUCAGAGAUGCUACACAGCUCAGCAGCCUGAACCUCAGCGGGAUCAACCAGGUCCUUUACUCAGAGUGCAGGAGUGUGGAAGAUCACCUGGUUCCUGGGACAAUUAGCCGUUUGGCAGUGAGCUGUUCAAAAAUUAAGCACCUGAACCUGAUGCACACACACUAUCACCAUGAACACUCAUCUGAGCUUGGUGGAGAAACACACCUGUGUGGCAGCUUGGCCAAAUUCAGACAGCUCCGCUCCCUCACUCUGCCAGCAUGUGCGCUAUCAGAUGGCUUAAACACACAUCACACUUCUGUGAACAAUACAUCUCCCUCUCCGUUGUUCCUUGGGCUAAAGAAAGGUCCACGUUUGGGCUUCCAGAAUUAUAAGCCUGGUUCUGAUCCGUCUUUGUCAGGAGACAGCACCUCAGGGCUUGCUCAGCUCUUGGCUAGCUGCUCUUUGUUAGAGACCUUGGAGAUCAUUGGUCCAGGUUUUGUCUCUGCACUGCCUCGGCUUGAACCCUGCAGUCGUGUUAGCGUGGAGCCUCGUGGCAUGUGUGCAUGGGCCCGGGGAGUUGGUGACGCCCAUUUGGCCUCUCUCGAGGCUUUGCCUCGAUUACAUCGUCUGACUCUGGCUGGACUUCCUGGGGUCUUAAGGGGGACAGGACUGAUACAGCUCACCAGGCAAUGCAAAGACUUAAAGGUUUUAUCCCUUGCGAACAUGGGAUCACUAAAAAUCAUGAACUACUUUCCUGCCCUGCUGGACACCAUUAAACAGUGCACACAGCUGCAGGAACUCAGGUUAGAGCAGCCAUACCUGAAUGCCAACGCGUCAUUCUUUGAGGCGCUGUCCUCCUGCUCCCAUCUGCAGCGCCUCUGCCUUAUCUCACGCAGUGGCACCUUCGAUGCAUCAGCAACAGAAACCUUCAUGGAACGAUGCCUUCAGGUCGUCAUGUGCCACAUGUUCAUGGGUGGUACUUUGGUGGGUUGUCGCACACUGCAGAAAGCUCUUCUGGACAGAUUUUCAAAUGAGCGCGCUGCCCUCAGUGUGGUCAUCUAUCCAUUACAACAUGAAGACCUGCCCUCAGUCAUCAGAGACAUCCCACUAACCUUGCUUGAUCGGAUAACUCUGUUUCAGAGCCACGUGGCCCAACCACCCCAUUUAUCGCCACUGUGACAUCAGUAGAAAGCUUCCCUGUGAUUGGUGUUCCACAGCUAAACAGUGUUAAUAUUGCUUGUUUACAUUUACCAGACUCAGUAAUGAUGGUCUUUAAAGGGAUAUUUAAGGGUCAAAACUCAGGGUCAACUACAGGUCGAUCUGGAGCUGUUUCAUGACAUUUCGUACUUGGUGCCACAAGGGCCAACAUUCUGGCUUACCUGACACAAUCAUUUCUGCUGUUUUAAAAAUAAGUGUCAAAUUAUGUUUGCUGAAAACUUAAUGUAAUAAACACCAUUUAAAUUGUU